AUGGCGUCCCAGCCAUCUAGAUGGCGUCCUGUUGGUGUGGCGGGGGAAGCCGUGGUGGGUGAGGUCGCGGCGGAGCGCCGCCCAAAGCUCGACGCGAUGCUCCUCGAAAAGAAGGAGGGGCUGACGCGCCAGGAUAUCCAGGCGCGGCGGAUAAAAGGCUUGGACGCCUUUUACAGGAGCGCCUGGAAGGCGAGGAAAGAGGUGCGCUUGGAGCACCCUCGUGACGUCGACGACGAGGACGUCAAGCUCCGCGUCGACCAGCAUGUGUGGAAAAGCUUGCUGGACGAGGAGGUGGAUGGGGAGUUUCCCUGGGCCGGCGUCAAGCCCCCAAGGUCCCAUCCCCACGAGGGAUAUACUGCGUGGUUUUGGGACAAUGCUCCCAGAUUCGAGUACCCUCCUCUGGAGGAGCGCAGGCAGCUUUGGGCCGAGCUGCUGAAUGAGGCGCCUUGCGACCCGCAGUGUGGCCCCUUUGAGGUCCUGCUCCCCGCGUUUGCGUGGCCUCUGGUGAGCAGGGGGGUUCUUCACUCCCUCCUGGCCGAUUUGCCUGCGGGCAUCAGAAUCGCGACCAAGCCGGUCGACCCCGCCAGGCCGGGCGGGCUUGUGAACGUGGCCAUGGGUCUGCAGGGCCCAAUGGAGAUGGGAAUGGCGUCCAAGUUGCGGGCCGCCCGGAUGAAGAGUGACCUCGUCCGGUGCUUCAUGAUCCUGCGGCUUUGGGCCAGAGGUCUCGGUCCGGGUGCUUCGGUGCCCUUGGAGGAGUACUUUGUCGGGGCGUACGGUCUCGACCUCGUCCGGGCGGCAAAUGCCUUCCCCGGCUACCGUCGCCCGGCCUCUCCAGGCCCCUCUGGGGAGGGUGACGACGGUGUCAGGGUCGCCGACGGUGAAUCGUCGACUCUGCGGGACGGCAAGGGCAAGCAGCGCGAAGAUGCUGCUCGUGACGGCGAAGAGUGA